AUGGGCAUGCCGGCGCUGACGCUGCCCAGCCGCGCCUUUCGUCACGAGCUUUCCGCUAGCACUGCCUCAGCGUCCGCUGGCGGUACUGCCUCGCUGCCCCUGGGCCAGAAAAGCCAGCCCAGCAGCACAGUCACGGAGAAGGACCUAAAUGCUGACGGGCAGCAGCGCGGCUCGCGGGGUGCUCGCCGUAGCAGCGACGGCGGCGGCGGUGACGUCGGUGGUCUUCCUCCUACCCUCGCCAGUGCUGCAGGCGAAAACAGGCCCUUUGAAGCCGCAGGCCGGAGAGACACGGGAGAGAAUGUGAAUUUGUUACCCGGGACAGUGGGCCAUGAGCCAGAGGGCAGCGGGAGUGGCGGCGGCAGCAGCGUUGGCUCGGCCCGCCGCCGCGGCCAAGAUGUCAUGGUGGCCCUGGCGGGGAGCAUGCUCCCGCGCUUCGGCGACAGCAGCCGCAGUUCCCUCGCAGCCCCAGCCGCCGUUGCCACUGAGCGAGAAAUACUAGCUGGCCGCCGGCGGAGAUGGGUUACUGCUGAUACUACUGCCGCUACUGGUAUUGGUAUUGGCACGGCUGCCGCCCAAAGCAAUGCCAGCAGGGAGGCCGGCGGCGUUUCUGGUUUCGGCAGCAGCAGUACCGGUAACAUGGUCCCACAGAGCCGCAGCAGGAACGGCUUUGCUCAUCGUGUUACGGAUGCCGGUGCUGCUGAUACUCGGCGAGCCGAGAAGCCGCCGCCGCUGCCGUUCUCGUCUGCGAGCGAGGCCGCCCGACAGAGCGGGGUAGGCAAACAGCGGCAACAGCAGCAGCACCAGGCGUUCUCGUUCGAAUUCGAAAGCCCCCCGAACUCGCCCGAGCUAGUGGUCCUGCCCAACAAGGGCGGCCUCGCAAUCUUGUCGUCGUGCUCGCUGGACAAGACGGGCGACGACGCGCUCCCGCCGCACGGCCCCUGUUAUCCCGUCCGCAGCACCUCGUCGUCGUAUCCCUCGGACGCCGGCGGCGCAGCCUCGCCGCCCCUCUCCGCGUCGCCGCCGCCCCUUCCGCAUCACCAGAAGCCCUGGACGCUGAGCCGGCGCAUACUUUCUGGACUGGAAGCCUACGGGUUCCCGACGGCCCAUCUGGACUUUGCCUACGGCAGCGGCGCCUCGUCGGCGCUUGCGCUGUCUGCGGGCGAUGGACGGCAAAAGGGGCUUGGACACAGUGUCGGGGAUAGUGGCAGUGGUUCACAUGGUCAAGCAGCAGCAGCAAAGGACGCAGAUGCCAUGCCCCAAGCAAAGUCACAUACUGGUUCCGUGAGGAGGGCAAGCGGUAACCCGGCCGUCAACUCCCCUGGGGCGGGGCCUAGCCACAGCGAACUAAUCUCUACUCCCGCUGCUGUCACUGCUGCUGGCACGGCCCUUGAUGUGGAAGAGCAGAAACCUAGCAUGCGCGGCGGCGGCCCCAGCGAAGGAGGAGACAGCGGGAAAGAAACCAACGCGACGCGCGUGCCGUCCCCGCCGUCGUCCUUCCUCGAGGACAUCCAGGAUUACCUCCGAAACAAGCACAAGGCCAACAACAACAGCAGCAGCAGCAACUGCUACUACAGCGCCGCGGCUGCCGUUUCGGACGACGACGACGACAACCUCUCAACGCGUUGUCUGCCGCGCGCGUCGACCAACCCGGACACGCGGACCUGGCUCGAAGAAGACGACGACGGCAGCGAGUACAAGGAGGAGAGCGACAACGGCGCCGCGGCUACCACUGCGGCUGCUACUACUGCCACGGCCGCCGCCCCAAAGCCGAAAAAGAAGCGCCCCCGUGCCCUCGGCAACCAGCGCCAGCGCCUGUUGCGCCGCGCCGCCACCCUCCGCGCGUGGCUUUCGCGGCAGUUCAAACGGACAAGAAAUGCCGCCGGCACUACUACUACUCAAUCAAAUAAAACCAGGUCCAGGCCCAAGUCCAAGCCCAAAAACAAGAGCAAUAGCAUCACGAAACGGCUGUGGUGGCGGGACACGACGGCGACGACGGGGAAGAAAAAGAAGGCCACUGGGAGCCGCACGCGGUGCAGACCCGAAAGUGAAGCCGAGAACCACGGGACCCACGGCGACGACGGCGACGGCGACGGCGACUGUCCCGGGACAAGCCUGCCGGUAGUAGCGACCGCGGCGGCAGGAAGGAGGGGGAAGAAAAGGGGCCGGGGCCGGGGCCGGGGCCCGACAGGCACAAGGCGCGUCACCAGGUCGAUGCGCGUCCUGCGCGGCUCGUUUGCGUCGUGGGUGCUCAGGCGCGGGCUGUCGCCGGCGCCAUCGUCGCCGUUGUCGUCACCGCGGAGGGGUGGUGAUGGGAAUGAUGAGGAGGAAAAGAUUAUGCGGGACAUGAAGAAGAGGCAGCAGCAGCGGCAGCGGCAACACACGGGGCCAGACAUGGCUUACGCGUGGAUGGCUGCUGCUCCGGGGACUUGA